AUGAUUAUCUACCGCGACUUUAUUUCUGGUGACGAAUUUGUUUCUGAUGCAUAUGGCAUUAAAGUUGUUGACGAUGUAGCUUUCGAAAUCGACUGUCAGAUAAUUACAGUUAAAAAGGGUGCUGCCGAUGUCGAUAUUGGUGCGAAUCCUGGGGGUGAGGAGGAAGAAGAAGCCCUUGAGGAUGGAUCGGAAAAAGUUAAUAAUGUGGUUUACGCAUUCCGUCUUCAGGAGACUACUUUUGAUAAGAAAGCCUUCCAAACUUACCUCAAGAGUUACAUGAAGAAACUUGCAACUCAUGUCCAAGAAAAAAAUCCUGAUAUCGACAUUAAGGAAUGGCAAACCAAGAUCAAUGCCUUUGCAAAGAAGAUCCUUGAUAAACUCAAAGGCACUUUUAAUCAAGAUGGUAUGGUUGCUCUGUUGAACUAUCGUGAAGACGGAAUUACACCUUACUUCACAAUGUUUAAGGAUGGUCUGGAUGAACAAAAAGUG